CACGUCACUUUUUCUUUGUGUGGAAAGUAAGGCGUAAAGCUUCUCAGUAGUCCAUCAGCAUGCGGCAUAAUCAACUUUAAUAGUCGAGAUGUAUCAGUGGAAAACAAAAAUACACGAACUUAGCGAGGAGGCGUGCUGGGAAAAUGUGCAAGUUUACUCGCCUGUGGAAACAACAACCGUGAAGUUUUCCCAGACCUUGGAAAGACGAACAGUCGACGUUAAAGACGUUUUAAAGAGCUCUGGCUGGGCCACUCUCGCUUUGAUGGAAUUACACAAGCAGCCAUAACAGACUCAGUCCACAUCAAAGACAAGACACAAUGGCUUACAGUGGGCCGGGUAUGAAUCCUCAAAGUGGUCUGAUGAACAGGAGUGGCAGCUUCUUCAAGCUGAUUGAUGCAUUUGCCCUGGAGAUCGGGGAGUUGAAGAAAGAGAUGGUCCACACCUCUCCAACAGUGGAACAACAGCCCAUAGACACAGAAGGACCGGAGAGCGCGGGGAGUGGCGUUUAUCUGGAAUCCCCCAAUUGUGGCGGAGUGAGGUGUGAAAGGGAUUAUGGAUAUGACUCGUUACGGAGGAGGAUGAGCGUGUUGGACAGACUGAGUAAAACCCACCCAGUUUGGCUGCUGCUUGCAAUCAGUGAAGAAGAGGCGACACACAUCCUGCUCAAACAGCCGCCAGGGGUGUUCCUGGUAAGGAAGUCAAUGGCUCUGCAGAGGAAGGUCCUCUCUGUACGUGUGAAAGAGGAUCGGUCAGGAAGCUCCAUCAGCCACUUUCCUGUCAGAGAAAGCCAGUAUACAUUCUCCCUUGAUGGAUCUGGGAUCAGUUUUGCAGAUAUUUUCCGCCUGGUGGCUUUCUACUGUAUAAGCAGGGAUGUGUUGCCCUUCCCUCUCAAACUCCCUGAGGCCAUAGCAUCUGCCAAGACCCAAAAAGACCUGGAGGAGGUGGCUCAACUUGGACCAGGCUUUUGGGACUCAGCUCUCUGCAGCCAGCCGCAGACCUCACACCCUCCCUGUCGCCCUUUGAGUCGAACCCUCAGCCCGCAGAGGACAAGCAGGGCCGGUGAGGACAAGGAGUCGCAGCCCAGCCACUGCGAAAGCGCACCGCCAACGUUGCGCCCCCAUGAGAGAAGGCAUUCCAGUGGUCUUCUCUGCUUCGUCAACCCACUCUUUCUCCAGACUCGACAGCGCCACCACUGUGAAGAGAACCUAGUCCCUCCCGCUACUAAGUGCGACUCCCAGGAUGCGAGAACAGAGUCCGUGAAACCGACUAGCAGCGGUCAAGAGAAGGAGAGCAAGGUGAACCGUAAUUCCCGCCCUCCUCCCCGACCCCCUCCGCCUCGCUUAAUGCCACGCCGGCGACCCGCUCCACCUCCGCCCGGACAUCCAGCGCCUAUCACCAGACCCAAAAGUAUGCCAGUGGUCGUCCCUGUGGCUCCGAGGCAGCAGCAGCAGGUCCGAACCAGGCGUCCGGCUCCCCCGAGACCGACAAUGGGCGGAAAACACAGCAGCCCGUCCAAAAGUGCCAGCUCACCAAUCCACGUGCCUGCCGACCCACCCCCUCCAAGACCUACUAAGCCCGAUCUGGAAGCACGCCGCUGCCACAUUGCCCUCGACGAUGAGACCAUCGCUAAGGCCUUGUCUCAAGCCAAGCCACCGCCGUCCAUCCCUGAUAAUAUUCCACCGGAGACAAACGGUGGGAGUCCAUCCAUCCGGAACGAGAGAGGACUUCAACGGCUUAGUGACACGAGCAUGUCCACGUCGUCCUCGGACUCUUUGGAGUAUUCACAGUCACCUGGAUAUCUGGUAGAGGACAGUAGUGAGGAGGAGGAGGACGAUGAUGACGAUGACGACGGGGAAGAGGAAGUAGAAGAGGACUAUGGGGUGGGCCUGGAGGCAGACUUAGAAAUGCGUCUCCGUCCUUCCUUCAAAUCCCGAAGGCGCAGGGUGGGCGUGAGCCUGAGUGGGGGAUCGUUUAUUGUGCCUCGCGCCCUUAAGGGACGCUUCCGCAAGGUGAGCGGUAUGCUUACAUCCCUGAUGACUCCAGAGAGACGGGCGGUGAAAAAAAUAGCGGAGUUAUCCAGGGAUAAACGUUCGUACUUCGGCUCCCUGGUCCAGGACUACAUCAGCUUUGUUCAGGAGAACCGCGGCUGUCAUACGUCGGGCAUCGAUUUCCUGCAGACGCUCCGGCAGUUUAUGACGCAAAUGAAGGCGUACCUGUGCCAAAGCUCCGAGCUGGACCCUCCUAUAGAGUCCCUCAUUCCGGAAGAUCUGAUCGAUCAAGUGCUGGAAAAGUCCAUGCACAAGUGUGUGUUGAAGCCACUGAAGAGCGUCAUUGAUGUGGCUUUACAUGACUUCCAGGUUAACAGUGGAGAAUGGCAGCAGAUGAAGGAGAACCUGGCUCUUGCUAAGACCAAGAGGCCCCAGGAGCUGGGGGUGGACGGUGCGGUGCCCCCUGACCCUGUGGCUAUUAAAAGAAUUCAGCAUAAGUUCCUUACCAUGAGCAAGAUGUACUCACCUGAGAAAAAGGUGUCACUGCUGCUGCGUGUGUGCAAGCUCAUCUACACCAUCAUGCAGGACAACUCAGGGAGGAUGUACGGUGCUGAUGACUUCCUGCCCAUGUUGACUUACGUGGUGGCGCAGUGUGACAUGCCUCAGCUGGACACCGACAUCCAGUACAUGAUGGAGCUGCUGGAUCCUUAUCUGCUCCAAGGAGAAGGGGGUUACUACCUGACCAGUGCCUAUGGAGCCAUGGCUCUCAUCAAGAACUUUCAAGAAGAGCAAGCGGCGAGAGUGCUGAGCUCUGAGACCAGGAACACUCUGCAUCAGUGGCACCGCCGCCGCACCACACAGCGCUCGGCACCGACUGUGGACGACUUUCAGAACUAUCUCCGUGUGGCCCUCCAAGAAGUGGACAUGGAUUGCACGGCUAAAACCUUAGUUGUCCAUCCGUACACCACCGCGGAGGACGUCUGUACACUCUGCGCUCACAAAUUGAAGGUGGCGCAUCCUGAAAACUACGCACUCUUCCUGGUGACGGAAGACACCAGUCAACAACUGGCCCCCGACACACACCCACAACGGAUCAAAGCUGAGCUCCACAGUCGACCUUGGGCCAAGACUUUCCAUUUUGUCUACAGAAGAGCGCCUGUGGUCAGUCCUACACAUAGUGAAUGAUCUCGUUGAAUAUUAAGGGUAUUUUUCACCGAUAUGUAAGUGCUUGUUGGUGCUGGAUAAAGUUUGUGUUUUGAAUAUUACGGUCGCGAUCAAAAGUUGACAUACACUAAUGUCAUGGCUGUCUUGAGUUUCCAAUCAUUUCUACAACUCUUAUUUUUUUGUGAUAGAGUGAUUGGAGCACAUACUUGUUGGUCACAAAAAACAUUCACAAAGUUUGGUUCUUUUAUGUAUGCAUUAUGUGAGCAAAUCUGCUGGGUCAAAAGUAUACAUACAGCAAUGUUGAUAUUUCCUUCAGAAGGUCUUAUCCUUGUCCAUGUGAUGUCAGAGAAAACAAAAAUUGAGCUGUUGGCCACAAUACCCAGCAAUAUGUUUAGAGGAGAAAAGGUAAAGCCUUUAAUCCCAGGAACACCAUUCCUACCGUCAAGCAUGCUGGUAGUAGUAUUAUGCUCUAUGCCUGUUUUGCUGCCAAUGGAACUGGUGCUUUAACCUCUAAAGGCCUUAGUGGCCACAUGCGUGGACAGCACCUUUUAGCUCUUAUUUCCAAAAUUGUGUACACUACUGAAUUGGGGUCUUAUGCCAACAUAUGGACACUUAUACUGGUGGUGUCAGAAGAGAAUAACAUACAAUUGAAGUUGGAAAAAAAAAAGUGUAAUAAUAAAAAUGUGCAUGUCACUACACAUGAAGUGCACGUUUGUGUACAUAUGGACUAAGUACAUCAUAUUAAAAGAUGAUUUUUAGUUUUUAUUCUAAUUAGGGUCCAAUAAGCCCAAAGCAAAGAGAAAUAAAAAACAACAACAUGUAAACAAACAGCUUGGGCCUUAAGAGGUUAAAUGGGACAAUGAAAAAGGAGGAUUACCUCCAAAUUCUUCAGGACAACCUAAAAUCAUCAGCCCGGAGGUUGGGUCUUGGGCACAGUUGGGUGUUCCAACAGGACAAUGACCCCAAACUAGGGAUGUCCGAUAAUGGCUUUUUUGCCGAUAUUCCGAUAUUGUCCAACUCUUAAUUACCGAUACCGAUAUCAACCGAUACCGAUAUAUACAGUCGUGGAAUUAACACAUUAUAUUGCCUAAUUUGGACAACCAGGUAUGGUGAAGAUAAGGUCCUUUUAAAAAUAAUUAAUAAAAUAAAAUAAGAUAAAUAAAUUAAAAACAUUUUCUUGAAUAAAAAAGAAAGUAAAACAAUAUAAAAACAGUUACAUAGAAACUAGUAAUUAAUGAAAAUGAGUAAAAUUAACUGUUAAAGGUUAGUACUAUUAGUGGAGCAGCAGCACGCACAAUCAUGUGUGCUUACGGACUGUAUCCCUUGCAGACUGUAUUGAUAUAUAUUGAUAUAUAAUGUAGGAACCACAAUAUUAAUAACUUUAAUUUUGUGUGAGUGUGAAUGAGAUGGGGGAAGUUUUUUGGGUUUUUGCACUAACUGUGUUUUUUAUGUUGAUUUAAUAAAAAAAAAACCCAAAAAAAAAAAACCCGAUACCGAUAACAAAAACGAUACCGAUAAUUUCCGGUAUUACAUUUUAAAGCAUUUAUCGGCCGAUAUUAUCGGACAUCUCUACCCCAAACACACAUCAAAAGUGGUAAAGGAAUGGCUAAAUCAGGCUAGAAUGAAGGUUUUAAAAUGGCCUUCCCAAAGUCCUGACUUAAACGUGUGGACAAUGCUGAAGAAACAAGUCCAUGUCAGAAAACCAACACAUUUAGCUGAACUGCACCAAUUUUGUCAAGAGGAGUGGUCAAAAAUUCAAGCAGAAGCUUGUGGAUGGCUACCAAAAGCGCCUUAUUGCAGUGAAACUUGCCAAGGGACAUGUAAGCAAAUAUUAACAUUGCUGUAUGUAUACUUUUGACCUAGCACAUUUGCUCACAUUUUCAGUAGACCCAUAAUAAAUUCAUAAAAGAACCAAACUUCAUGAAUGUUUUUUAUGACCAACAAGUAUGUGCUCCAAUCACAAAAAAUAAGAGUUGUAGAAAUGAUUGGAAACUCAAGACAGCCAUGACAUUAUGUUCUUUACAAGUGUAUGUCAACUUUUGACGACUGUAAAUUCUGUAUGUUUCGAAGAGGAAGUGAGGCGAAGAAGGUUUUUGCAGACUGUUAGAAGACUUAGUGCUUGUUUGUUUGUGGACUGGAGAGAAGUUUAAAAAAAGAGCAUUACAGUAUGGUAUUCUUUUUCAUGUCAUUAGCCUUUGCCCUGACUGCUGUGAUCCUAAUCAGCCUUUAAAAGGAAUUAUAAAAUAUUGUAUGCCAGCGUCAGAUUUUUAACCUUAUACUUUAUCAAUAUGAACCACAUAAAACACACAGACUGAACUAUUGUAACUAUCUUUUGUUUUUUAGCGAUUGCUGGUCAAUUGCGACUUGUAUUACUUGGAUAAAUAUUUUUUAUAACCACAAUGUUCUGUUUAUUUCUAUAAGUUGGUGACGAUUGGUGUUCUUAUUAACAUGUCUGCACUGGACAUUAUAUUGGUUUAAAUGAGACACUUAUUUAUAUUAUGUUGGUUACAGUUUUGCUAAAACUGAGGAUUACAAAUGCACGUCAUACAUUUCAAUUCUAAGGCACAUUUUCUUUUUUUUAUAAUGCAUGGGUUAUUGUUAAAAAUCUGUUCAAAAUGUCAGACAAAAAAAAAUUAAUUUGAGAAAUAAUGUAAUUCCAACUAACAUAAAACUCAUUUUUAUAGAGAAUAAUUAUAGUAUUGCAUGCAAAAAAGAAUAUAAAAUACAAGAUGCAUGAGAUGAUCAAAAUAAUUGUAACAUUGCACAGUCUCACUCAAUUCUGUUUAUUGAAACACUUUGUCACGUGCAAUGUUUGGCUCUGACGUAACGGAGACGGCAAAUGAAAAUGAUUGCUAACCAUACAAGAAGUCAUGUGUAUACAAAGAGAGUUACUGCUGUAUCAAAACAUUUAGCAAACUUGAAAAAAAAAAAAGGAUUUUCCGUGUAAAUUU